GUGAGUGAACUUCACGCAGCCAGCAUAGGCAGAGUGACGGAGCCAGUGUAGUAGUCGAAGGGGGAAUAACGGAGAGAGAAGAGAUUCCCGUUCCGCAUCACUCCCCCCCAUUUCUUCUCUUCUUCUUUUCCUCUUUCGUUUUUAUUUCAGGUCGUUUAUUUUUCUCAGUUCCUUCUUCAUCACCUCUUCUUUUCCACACACACACAACUCACCGGGAAAAAGUAAAAAACCCAAAAGAAACAACUGUGAGAGAGAAAACGGUGCGGUCGAAAUAUUUCGGCCGUCGCUUUUUUUCUUCUUCUCCUUUUUCUUUCCCCCUCUUCUUCUUCUUCUUCUUCCUCUCGUUCGUUCGCUCUUUUUCGGAUUUUUCCUUUCCGUUCACGAGAGAGAGAGAGAGAAACGUCCCGCCUUCUCCCCUCUCGUCCGCCUUGUCUCUGGCCGCCAGUCGUCAGUCUCUCUCCGAAUGUGUGCGUGCAAGCGUCGUCGUGCGUGCCGUCUGCUUGCGCGCCUCUGUGUCGUGUACAGUGUACAGUGAGUGGUGGUGGUGGCCUUUACUAGUGAAAUCAUUUCGACCCCUAAAAAGAAGAAACUGCCUAGGAAUCUUUCAUAAAAAGGGGAUCCCCCCCAACCCCUUUUGACUCUCUGCGUGACUGAGUCGAGGAAAGACGUGACCCGCCGUUGGGGCCGUGUGGCGUCGUGUCAUGCCACGUCAUCUCGAUUGCGUCGACGUCGAGCGGAGCGAUUGAGAAAAAGAAGAAGAAGAAAAUCAGGAUGUCGCCGAGGCCGGAAGCUUGUUGGCUGUGCUGCCUGGUCGUCGUUCACGACUGCUGAAGCAGUUUACAACGGCGGUACACACAGAUAGACGGACACACACGGGCGGAUUGUUGUUUGAAAGAGGAGCGAUGGGCAGAAUGGCCACUCGUCGGACACCGUCAAGUAGCAGCCGACGUCCGAGAGGACCGGUCGUGAGCGACGAGUCGGCAGCGCUCACGAGGAAGAAGAAGAAGCGGGCCGUGAAAAUGGUCACCCACCCCAACCGGACGGCGCUCUUGCGGCGGAUCAAUCCCAAGGCUUCGCGCAAGAAACAGGCCGGUAGCGGAACGUCGCUGAUGGCCGAUAUUCCGUCGUCGGCGGUCACCGCCAAUCGAUUACGCAUGUCCAACUUUCGAUCUUCGCUCAGAAAGAAAAACCCGACGGCCAAACAAACGGGCAAGAAGAAGAUGAUGUGUGGCAAACUGCUGCGCAAGGAAGCCAGGACGGCCAAGAAGUCGUCGGUGGUUGCCGUGACUGCGACCGGGAAGCAGACGGACAAGAGUCGGGAACGGAAGAAGAAAUCAGGAUCGUCCAGGGCGGUGAUGACGUCAUCGCCCCUGAUGGUCUCGUCGACGACGACCACCACGUCGACGGUGUUCGCCUUGAUCUCGACCAGCACAACGUCCAGCAAUGUCGAUUCCAGCAGUGCGGCCAACGGCCUGGUUGGUGUCGGUGGCAGCCGGCAGCAGCUGGCCAUCGCCAUGUACCAAGAGCGCCAGGAGAAUGUGGACCAUCAUCCGGCCGCCAUCGCCGCCAGCCACAACUCGAAAAAGGCCGGCCAGCAAGCUGCUAAAAUGACUUGCGAUCUGAAGCAUAUGGUCGAAUCCAUUGAACGAGUGGCUUCCGGCCAGCCGUGGAUCGACACUUUGGUGGCGUCUGACAAAAUUAGACACGAAAGCAGCAGCAGCUCCAGCAACAACUCCAGCAGUAGUUCCAGCAGCAGUUCCAGCAGUGACAGCAGUGACAGCAGCAGUUCCAGCAGUGCCACGUCAUCCGGCCAGUCGUCUUCCAGUGGCAGAAAGACAAAGAAGAAGAAGAAAAAAUCCAGCCAGCAGCAGUCAAUCCAUCUCCGCAAUCGUUCCGUCAAGAGGAGCGAGCCGGCGGCCCAAUCUCCUCCGGCCAGCGGCUCACGUCGACGGCCCAACCAAAGACGCCGAUUGGCUUGUCUCAAUGCCAUGGCCAAAGUCCAUUGCCUCUACGAGAGUGAAAUCCGCCAGCCGCUGGCCAACAAACAUUCGGCCGUUCGGGCCCCGUUCAGCGACUCGGACAAUAGUGACGACAGUUCCAGCUCCAGCAGUUCCAGCAGUGAGCCGGCCGUCGAUAAAAAGGUGGGCGACAACAACCGGAAAGCGGCGGCCGCCAAGAAUAAGUCGCCGGCCACCACCAAGACUAACCAGCAGCAGACGAAUCGGAAUAAUAAGAGCAGCAAGAAGAAGACGACGGAAAGGAAGCGGCCGGCCGUCAAGCCGGCCAGUAAAAAACAACGGCAAUCGAUGGAAGUGCCGGUUGUCGAUCUGGCUGCCUUGGUCAUGCCCAAAAGGAUGGCCAGUCUCAAUGCCACGGCAAUCUUGGCCGCCAGUUCACAGCAGUGGCCGGACAGCCCCAAGCCGGCCCGUCGCGGUAAACCUCAAUUGCUCUUGUCCAGCGACUCUGAGGAGGAGGAGGAGGAGGAGGAACAAAAGCCGAAAAAACCACGUGAAACCAAAUCAGUCAUUCCUCAUUCAUCAGCAGCGACGCCAUCAAUAGCCAAUCGCCAGCCGGGCAAUAAAUCCAAAUCGCCCGCCAAUAAGAAGAAGCCGGCCUUAAAGAUCAAAAAGAAUAUCUCGUGCGUCGAAACGGCCGUGUCGACGUCUUCCAACAGCCAAAUUCUACGCCUCUCGGCCAACAUUUUCCAGCACCAGGAAGUGCUGGACGGCCAGCAGACGACCACCACCAAGAGCAGCAGCACCUACCACCAGUCUCUGUCAUCUGGUGGCGAGAACAGCGGGAGCAGCAAUGUUACAUCAUCGUCAAAGACUUUCCAGCAGAGUCAAGUGACCACCACCAAUAAAGGACCUCGUCCGUCCUCGACCGAUUCGCCCGGCCUUCAGACACAACAAGCCAAACAAAAGUCGCCACCAACUGACGUUGUCGCGGACGGUUACAAUCCGCUGGGCGCCUUGUACAACAUGCGACCGCCAAAUUUGCAACAACAACAACAACAGGAAAGGGCGCCAUCACGGCCUCACGAGCAGCAACAACAACCGUCUCAACAGCAGCAGCAUCAACACCACCCAGUGACGUCGGAAGUGUCUUCGUCGACCAACUUGCCAUUUCCACCGUCGGGCGGGAGUAGCAUCAUUUCCGGCGGGCAUAUGAUCAUGACUAAAGACCGCGACAAGAGUUGGUCAUCGGAACGAGUUGCGGCCACAACAUCUUUACCUUCAGUGACCUUUGGUGGAGUGCCGUUAGUGCUCAGCAAUCCGAUCCAGGCGGCCGAAUCGUACAUGACAGCAGCGGCCCGUCUGGCUCCGGCUUUUUCUCUGUACCGACCGCCCGUCGACAUUCCGUACGCUUCUUUUUAUCCGCCACCUCCGCCACUUUAUUCGGCCGCCCAUUUUGCUGCUGCACCUUCCUAUUAUCGCGGGUUCGCCUUGCUACCACCACCCGGAUCAGGGUUUGUUCCAGUGGCUCUGGCCGAUAGUUAUUCGGCCUACGCUUUGGCAGCGCCUCCUCCUUUGGUCGGACCGACCAACGCGGAUCUUGCCCAUUACCUCCAUCGGUACCAGACGCUGGGUCCUCCACCUUGCAGCCCUCUCACUCGUUACUUGCCUACACCCAGCCCGUGCGGAUUGGGACCUGACUGGAGAUUGGCAAGAGAUUCGAGUCGAUCCGUCGUCGAACUCUCGUCAUCCUCGACCAUGCACGACGACCGCAAUCCGCUUCCUUUGGCCGCCGCCGAAGCAGCCUCUGCCAGUGGAAGCAGCAGUAGUGUGGCUGGAAACAAUGGCGCUGGAACUGGAAGCGAUAACAAUACCUGCCCUAAAGUUGAAGCUGGCAGCACAGCAUCUUUAAACCAUCCCAUGCUGCUCUCGUCGUCGUCGACCAGGAAUUUCUGCCCGUUCCCUGGUGGCCCAGCUAUGGCCAGCUCAGCGGCUUACGCCAAUCGUUGCAUCAACGCCAAUUGCUCCUGUACCGGACAGUCGUCACCGAGUUGUCCAAAAAACGUAUUGGCUGGACCCCUUACUGGUGAGGGUAAGAGGUCCGGGCCGAAUUCCAUAUCACAUUCAGUGAUCCCUCAUCCCAGUUGUCAAGUCGCGUUAGUUCAGCCUCAAAUGAGUGGCGGAGGAGCUGGUAGUUCGAGCAGUUCGCCGGCCGUCCCGUCUUUGCUUCCUGAACUUUUACUCCACGCCACUGGGCCACUGGAAACUGCUGCCGAUCCGCAGCCGACGUCUCCUACUACCUCCAGCCCAAAAAACGGCAUCCAUCACGAAGCAGAUAGCAGAGAGAAGAAGAUGGAACAGCAAAUCAACAACAAUAACAACAACAACAACAACAAUAACAACAAUCGCAAAAGGAAAUCGUUGUCGGGUGUUUUUCCGCCGAGUCCGGUUUCGUCUCGCCUGCGCAGUCGUGUCAGCAGCGUCAACAGCGACGGCGGCAACGCUGGAUGUGGUCUCGAAAACUGUUCCAGGACGUGCUCUUGCCAAUACGUCACGGAAACUAGCAGCCAUGUCCGCCAUCCGGCGACCAAUGGAAGAACUUCUCCGCCCGAGUCUCUAUCGCUGACAAAGUUGGACAGCAACUUCAACACCAACGACUUUUCGGAUGAGCUUCACUCAACGCUCAGUGGCCAGCACAGUCAGGGAAUGAAGAAGCGACUCGGUUCUGACAUAAUUAUCGGCAUGGAAUCUGAUAAAACUUGCAGCCAAAAGCAAAGGAAAAAGCUGAAGCCGACGCACGAGCAUGGCAUGGACUUGAUUGGCAAGUUCUGCGAUCCUUCGCUGGUGGUGACAACUGGUCUGAGACAAUCGGGGCCAAAAAGCGACGUGGACAAAAAGUGUCGCGAAAAGCCCAGCUGCCUCCUGCCGGAUGUAGUCAAGAGUCGAGUGAUGGACGAUCCUCAUCUUAUUAGGAAAGUGAACGGCAAGAAAACAAUCAAAAGCAUCGCGAAAAUGAAAUAUCCCAAAAAUGUGCGAGCCUCAUCACCGGGUCUGCGAUUGGGUGCCGACAGCGAUGGUACACACCACCAGCCGCCGGCCAUGAAAUUGGAAUCGAGACGUGGCGGAUCGAAAUCUCGUUCGCCUCUUAUUCCGCCCGUUUCGAGUUCCUCUCCCGCACUCCGCUGGUCCAAUGGCUGGUCGUGGGAAGGAAACAGUUUUCAGUCAUUGGUCCACUUGAGGAACGAGGAGCUGCCCGUCAUGCGGAAGUGCUACCCGGCCAUGAGACACACCCAGGGCGACAUCGUGCGGAUGCGUGACUGUAUUCUCCUCAAGUCGGGACCCAAAGCCAAAGAUUUGCCGUUUGUUGCGAAAGUUUCUUCCCUGUGGGAGAAUGCCGACGACGGCGAAAUGAUGAUGUCCCUCCUCUGGUACUAUCGACCGGAACACACGGAUGGCGGCCGGCGGACGACGGAUCUAGAUGAUGAAAUUUUCGCCUCCAGGCAUCGAGACGUUUGUAGUGUCGCUUGCAUUGAAGACAAAUGCUACGUUCUCACCUUCAAUGAAUACUGCAGGUAUCGGAAGCGAGCCAAGAUGACGGAACAAGGAUUGCCUCCCCCUUCCGGCGUCUUGAUACCUUCAAUGACGAGUGAAACGUCGGAAUAUCCUCGGCGAUUACGCUUACCACCGACAUGUACGACGACAACGGCCGAUCGGGUGUUUCUCUGUCGUAGAGUCUACGACUUUCGUCAAAAGCGUAUCGUCAAAUAUUCCAUCUAGGCAACGGUCGUUUCUCGGACAAGCCUCAACAAUCGAGUCGAAAGAUUUCGAUCUACUCUUUAGCCCUACAAUAGAAAUGAUUCAUCUCGUGUAUUUUUGAAUUAAUUAAUGUCAGCCGAAGGCAGGCUGACUAAUUAGGAAUUGAUAAGAACUUGAUACUAUUCUGAACUGGUGGUGCAAAACAGGAAAAUGCAAGCAAAAAAAAAAAAAAAAAUUUUAAUUGAAGAGAAUCCAGUUGCACCGAAUUCUUCCUAAAUCCACGACCGGUUUCUCCUCAUUGCCCCCCCCCCCCCUUUAAAAAAAAAGAAUUAUGGUUAAUUUAUUCUUCUGAUUUUGAAAAAGCAUGUUAACAGCAUGUUCCUCCCCCGUCGGUUCAAUUUGUUCUUCUAAUUGUCUAUAAAAAGAAAAGAAACAAACAAAAAAGAUUGUUUUCGUGUUGGGUCAUAUCACCAUAGUCACUCGUUAUUUUUUUCCCCCAGAAGAAUUUUCUCUCGAUUCUUUCAUCCCAUCCUGGAUUAUCUUGAGAUUAUUCCCCUUUCAUCCUGUUUUCGUUCUCGUUCAUUCGGUCCUUCGUAUAUGUAAAAUGUGCACACACACUCCUGUUUUUUUGUUUAUCCUCCUUCUCCUGAAAUCCAACCGGUCGGUUUGCUGUUGGUCGAAUUAAUUCCCCGCUUAAAAAGCAGAAGUUGAUAACUCUUGAUUUUAUCUCAUGUCUUCGUGAUCCAAGAUAUCAUCAAGGCCGUGUCCUUCAACCAAACAAGAUUGUUCCCAUUUGUUGCACAACCUGUCUUUCAAAAUGAGAAGAAGGUUGUAGAGAAAUGCCUCGUAUUGUUAAUUCUCCUCUCUUGAAUUAUACCCAAUUAUUUGGUCUUAACUACAUUUUAGUUUUCAGUGUAAAUGAAUCGACGAGAACUUGCAAAAACACACACACACACACAUUACACACACAUUUAGUUGAAACGUUUACCUAAAUUGUUGAAUUCUUAACUGGUAUUUCAUGCGUUUAAAUCUCCCCUUGUGUGCUGUAAACAACAACAAAACAGAAAAUAACUUACAAAUGUUGUGUAAUGUCUGCGUAACGUCGAGAGUAUCAAUUCAAUUUUUUGUUCUCGUUCAACAUUUUUUUAAUUCAAACAAAUUUUCGAUUCUCUUUUUCUAUGAUGUGUUGAAGGGUAUAGUUUUUGUCGGAGGUGAAGAUUUAAGCAUAAAAUACAGAUUUAUAGACUUCGAGAAAA